UCUUCUCCGUGCGGACAACCCCACUCCACUCGUCCACUCCCACUUCCAGCUUCUCACUCCCACUCCCGCAGCGGGUGAUCCAUGGCCACGGCGCUCCGCCUCCCGUCUCUCCUCUCCUCCCGCGCCGCCCCUACCACCGCCGCUCGCGCUACCAUCCGGGGGAAUCGGGCAGGAUCGUUCACUCACAGGGUCGCCGCGCAGCCUGACGACACCACCGCCACCACCUCCACCACGCCGGCUCCGCCCGCCGGGUUCACGCCCCCGGUUCCCAAGCGGUUCGAGGUCAAGCCCGGCCAGUCAAACAACAUCGCCGGCGCCGCCCUCGCCUUGCCCUUCCGCCUCGGCACCGGGGUCUUCGUCCUCGGAUAUGGAGUGACACUUGUUGACGCUAACGAGAUAUCACCAGAUCAAUAUGCUUUGGAUUUCCAAGGUCGGAAGGUGAAAGAAACGUCGAAGGUGGGGCAGUGCCCUCGACCUGCUAAGCCUAUUGAAAUAUACGAGUUUGAAGGAUGUCCAUUUUGUCGAAAGGUCAGAGAGAUGGUAUCCGUUCUGGACCUUGAUGUUUUAUAUUAUCCUUGUCCUAAAGGCAGCCCAACCUUCCGCCCAAAGGUUCUAGAGAUGGGCGGAAAGAGACAGUUUCCUUACAUGGUCGAUCCAAACACAGGAGUUGCUAUGUAUGAAUCAGAUGACAUCAUAAAUUACCUGGCAAAAACUUACGGUGAUGGAAGUGUUCCAAUUAUGCUAAAACUUGGUCUAUUGACAACAAUAACGGCAGGGCUUGCAUUGAGUGGGCGUAGCGGGAAGGGAUCUUCCUACACUCCUGCAAAGCUUCCAUCCCAGCCAAUAGAGAUAUGGGCAUACGAGGGAUCUCCUUUCUGUAAAAUAGCGCGUGAGACCCUUGUCGAAUUGGAGUUGCCACACUUGCUACACAGCUGUGCGCGUGGCAGCCCCAAGCGACAGGAUUUUUUCAAGAAAUAUGGCCUUUUCCAGGCGCCUUAUAUCGAGGAUCCUAACACGGGGGUAAAGAUGUUCGAGAGCGCCGACAUUGUAGAGUAUCUGAGGGCAACAUAUGCUGCUUGAGAAUCCCUGGCACUAUCUUUUCUCAGUAAAUAUUGAGCUCAUAGCCUGCCAUGUCUCUUCUCAUGUAGUUGAUCACAUUCUUUACUAGGAAAAUGGUGCAUCCUAGAUUAUAUAAGGUGUAAAUUCUAUUCGCUGCAGCUGAGACAGCGUCUAUCUAAGAAACACUGAAUUUGAGGCUGUAGAAAAGUGAAAUAAAAUCCAGAAAUGGGAGUCUUGUUGUUUCUUUCA